AUGGAAGUCCUGGAGGAACUGCCCUGGAUCAGUCGGAAGCACCAGAACCGCCAAAAGUAUGGGCUGUGCGUCAUCUUCCUCUCCUGCACCAUGAUGCCCAACUUUGAAGACCUGAUCCAUUUCGAGGUCAGCAUCGGUCACUAUGGGAACAAGAUGGACCUGAAUUACAAGCCUCUAGUCUCAAGCACACAGUACAGCCCAGUGAUAUAUGAUGGGAACAUCUACCAUUAUGUGCCCUGGUACAACACCAAGCCUGUCGUGGCCGUGACCUCCAACUGGGAGGACGUCAGCUUCCGCAUGAACUGCCUCAACCUCCUCCACUUCACUCGGGACCGCCUGAAAGCCAACCUGGACACCCUGAAAUCCACGCGGAAUCCGAAGGACCCAGCUCUCCUCCACCAGUGGGAGAAACUGCUGAGGGAGCUGGUGGAGGACUGCAAGCGCCCUCUGCCCUGCAUGACCGACCAGCCCAAAGCCACCAGCCUGGACAGGAAGAGGUGGCAGCUCCGCAGCCUCCUCCUGCAGGAACUGGCCCAAAAGGCCAAGCAAGCCAUGCCCAGGGACAUGGUGGCCACAGCGGAGGACUGGCUGUACCGCCUCAACGCUGUGCUCCCUGAGCCCCAGAUGGGCAUUCCUGACGUGAUGAUUUGGCUGGUGGCCAAGGAGCAGCGAGUGGCCUACGCACAGGUGCCUGCCCACUCCGUCCUCUUCUCCCGGGCAGGGGCCCUGCACUCCGGCAGGCUCUGUGGGAAGAUACAGACACUCUUCCUACAGUACCCAGAGGGUGAAGGACAGAAGGAUGUGCUCCCAGCUCACCUCCGGGUCUGCAUGUGGCUUGGCAACGUCACAGACAGCAAGGACCUGCAGCUUCUCCGCCAGGGUGACACGGCGGUGUACGCCGAGACGUAUGAGAAUCAGGCCAAGUAUAAAGACCAGUGGGGGCAGCAGGGGCUGUAUCGCUGCCCCAACUUCUCAGAUGUCAUGGGGAACAAGACCCUCCCCAUGACGGAUUUCCAGCCACCCCUGGGAUGGCACUGGCAGGACAGCUGGACAGUGGAACCUCAGAGGAGACUCCUCCUGGACAUAGACAUCAACAAGAGCCAGGUGCUGGAGGAGGUCUAUGAGAACCAGGGCCGCGACACCAGAGGCGCCUGGGGGCCUGCCGCCAUCCCAAACACAGACGUGAACGGACAGCCCAUGGAGGCCCGGGAGAACGUGAAGUGCCCCCAAGGCUGGCACUUUAAGAAGGACUGGGUGGUGGAGCUGAACCACGCAGUGGACAGUAAGGGCUGGGAGUAUGGCGUGGGCAUCCCCCCCUCGGGCCUGCCCCAGGUCUGGAGCCCGGUGGAGAAGACCUACCACUCGUGCCGCCGGCGGCGCUGGGCGCGCGUGCGCUUCCGGAACCGCGGGGCGCUGAGCCACGAGCAGGAGACGGUCUCCUUCCUGCAGCUGGGCCCGGCCGAGGGCGAGGAGGAGGGCUGGGAGUACGACGCCUUCGGCUCCAAGUUCCACCUCCACCCUCAGCCCCGGAGCCGCUUCCGCCGCCGCUGCUGGCGCCGCAGGCUGGCGCCCAACAAGGACAAGGGGGUCGCGCCCGUCUUCCUCCUGGAAGGGUCCUUGGCCAUGGAUCUGAAAUACCGUGCUGGGAAGGAAGAGGAAAGCAAGCCAUGGCCAUGGGGUCUGGACAGACGAUUCAGGGACCCCCAGAGGCAGGACGCCCGGCCCCCCAACAUGCCCUUCAUCUACUGCACCUUUAACAAGCCCCACUACUACCAGCUCUUCUGCUACAUCUACCAGGCCCGGAACCUGGUGUCCAAUCAGAUCCUGACAUUCCAAGGGCCCUUCAUUCGGGUGGUCUUCCUGAACCACAGCCAGUGCACCCAAACCCUGAGGAGCUCUGCAGGCCCCACAUGGGCCCAGACACUCAUCUUCCAGCACCUCCUUCUGUACGAGAACCCGCAGGACACCAAAGAGAGCCCGCCGCUUGUGGUGCUAGAGCUGUGGCAGCAUGACUCCUGGGGCAAGGAGAGCUUGUGGGGACGGAGCAUGUGGCCCCCAGUGGUCUGGCUGGAUCUCCAGGACCGGAUCCUGCCCCCCAUGAGGUGGCACCCCCUUGUAAAGGAGCUGGGGAAGGAAGAGGGCGAGAUCUUGGCAUCCUGUGAGCUGAUCCUCCAGACUGAGAAGCUUGGCGAGAAGCAGCUGCCUAUCUUAAGCGUUCCCUGGAAGAAUGGGGCAUACACACUCCCCAAGAGCAUCCAGCCCACGAUAAAGAGGAUGGCCAUUGAGAUCCUGGCCUGGGGCCUUCGGAAUAUGAAGAAGGCGAGCUCCCCCCAGCUCCUGGUGGAAUUCGGGGAAGAGUCCCUGAGGACAGAACCCAUCAGAGACUUUCAGACCAACCCUAACUUCCCCGAGUCCGAGUCUGUCCUAGUCCUCGUAGUGCUCAUGCCCACGGAGGAGGCCUAUGCGCUGCCCCUCGUGGUGAAGGUGGUGGACAACUGGGCCUUCGGCCAGCAGACCGUGACGGGCCAGGCCAACAUCGACUUCCUCCAGCCCUACUUCUGUGACCCCUGGGCUCAGGACUACGUGCACCCAAAGCUUCCAAGGCUGUCUGAGAAGAAGCACCAGGCCUUCCUAGGCUACCUCUCCAGAAAGUUCUGGUUCAAGUCCAGUAAAGCAGAGGAUGAGUAUGAGCACGAGGUGGACUGGUGGAGCAAGCUGUUCUGGGCCACAGAUGAGCACAAGUCGCUGAAGUACAAGUACAAAGACUACCACACCCUCAAGGUGUAUGACUGUGAGCUGGAGGCCGUGCCAGCCUUCCAGGGCCUGCAGGACUUCUGCCAGACCUUCAAGCUCUACCAGGAGCAGCCCAAGUUGGACAGCCCCGUGGUAGGGGAGUUCAAGGGCCUCUUCCGUAUCUACCCCUUUCCUGAGGACCCAGAAGCCCCGAAGCCCCCACUGCAGUUCUUGGCUUGGCCAGAGAGAGAGGACUUCCCCCAGCCCUGCCCGGUGCGGGUGUACGUGGUACGAGCCACCAACCCGCCGCCCCAGGACUACCGCGGCCUGUGUGACCCUUACGUGAUCCUGAAACUGGGCAAGACAGAGCUUGGCAGCCGGGACAUGUACCAGCCCAACACCCUGGAUCCCGUCUUCGGCACGAUGUUUGAACUCACCUGCAACAUCCCCCUGGAGAAGGACCUAGAGAUCCAGCUCUAUGACUUCGACCUUUUUUCACCUGAUGAUAAGAUAGGAACCACAGUGAUCGACCUUGAAAACCGACUCCUGUCUGGCUUUGGAGCUCACUGUGGGCUCUCCAAAUCCUACUGCCAGUCAGGACCCUUUAGAUGGCGGGAUCAGAUGCCCCCAAGCUACCUCCUAGAACGCUAUGCCAAGCGCAAAGAGCUGCCUCCGCCUCUGUUCAGUCCUGACGAAGAUGCUGUUUUCUAUAACGGGAAAAAAUUCAAGCUGCAAAGCUUUGAACCCAAAACCCCUACUGUUCAUGGUUUGGGGCCCAAGAAGGAACGCCUUGCACUCUACCUCCUGCACACCCAGGGGCUGGUGCCUGAGCACGUGGAGACCCGCACACUGUACAGUGACAGCCAGCCAGGCAUCGAUCAGGGAAAGGUGCAAAUGUGGGUGGACAUCUUCCCCAAGAAGCUGGGGCCUCCUGGCCCCCCAGUCAACAUCAACCCCAGAAAGCCUAAACGGUAUGAGCUGCGCUGCGUCAUCUGGAAAACCGCCAAUGUGGACCUGGUGGAUGACAAUUUCAGUAGAGAGAAGACGAGCGACAUCUACAUCAAAGGGUGGUUGUAUGGGCUGGAGAAGGACAUGCAGAAGACAGACAUCCACUACCACUCGCUGACUGGGGAGGCUAACUUCAACUGGCGGUUCAUCUUUACCAUGGACUACCUGGCGGCGGAGCGCGUGUGUGUCCAGAGCCAGAAGGAUUACAUAUGGAGCCUGGAUGCCACGUCCAUGAAGUUCCCAGCCCGACUUAUCAUCCAGGUCUGGGACAAUGACAUCUUCUCCCCCGACGACUUCCUAGGGGUCCUGGAGCUGGAUUUGUCUGACAUGCCCCUCCCGGCUCGGCACGCCAAGCAGUGUUCCAUCAGGAUGAUGGACACCGACCCCAAGUGGCCCUAUUUCCUCCAAUACAAGCACUUCUCCCUCUUCAAGAAGAAGACUGUGACUGGCUGGUGGCCUUGCCAGGUCCUCGAUGGUGGCAAAUGGCGCUUGUCGGGCAAGGUGAAGAUGAGCCUGGAGAUUCUGUCAGAGAAGGAAGCCUUAAUCAAGCCAGCCGGGCGAGGCCAGUCAGAACCCAACCAGUACCCUACACUUCAUCCUCCCCUACGCCCCCACACCUCUUUCAUGUGGCUGCGGUCACCAGUUCAACACUUCUGCUCUGUUUUCUGGAAACGCUAUCGCUUCAAACUCAUAGCCUUUGUGGUCAUAUCGAUUAUAGCACUUAUGCUGUUCAACUUUAUCUAUUCAGCUCCGCAUUAUUUGGCCAUGAGCUGGAUCAAACCUCAACUUCAGCUGUAUCCUCCCAUUAAAAUAUUCAAUAUCAUCACUUCACUAAACACCAGCAACGCCAGCUCUUCCAUCCUUCCCACCCAGGAUCCAAACCUAAAGCCUACAAUAGACCAUGAGUGGAAACUCCACCCAGGACCUACCAAUCACCUGAGUAACAUUUUCCCAGAACUUCCAGCCCCAGAAGACUAAUGAGCCCACGCUGCCUGGCUUUCCUCCUCUACCAACAGCCCUCCCCUCGGGCUGCCUGCCAGUUCUCUGUUUCUGUCUUCUAGGACAGAUGCAAGGUGCUAGGGAUAUUCUAGCUAUUGUGUUCAGAAAUCACUUCCAACAAGAAGAGCAGAGCUGUAAUUUUCCACUGAAAUAAACAAGUUCUGUA